AUGAAGGGUUUGCAAGUGCAUGGUGAAGAUCGGCAUGAAGAGGUUGAAAAUGAAGCAUACCCGACAACCGGGUUUGGUGUUAUGGAGGAAGAGCAAGGUAUGGUUGUUGAAGAUAAGGAGAUCUGGCUUGAUAGAGGGCAAGAAGAUCUGUUAGAUGUGAAUGAUGUUUCAAUCUUCUAUGAUGACUUCCCUCCCCUCCCGGAUUUCCCUUGCAUGUCUUCUUCUUCCUCUUCUUCAUCCACUCCGGCUCCUGUCAAGGCCAUAACUUCCUCAUCUUCUUCCUCAGCGUCUUCCUCUUCUUCAGCCGCUUCUUGGGCUGUUUUGAAGUCAGAGACAGAAGAAGAUGUAGAAAAGAAUCAUCAACAGGAUCAUCGUUAUCAUCAUCAUAAUAACAAUAAUGAUGAUUUUAAUAGUCAAAAUGAUCCCGUGGAUAUUUCUACAGCUGCCUUGUCUUCUACUUGCUCAAUGGAGGUCCCUCAGCCUCCUGAUCAAGCGGCGAUGGAAGGAGUUGAAUGCAUGGACGAAAUGGAGAAUUUCGGAUACAUGGAUCUGCUUGAGGGUAAUGAUUUCUUUGAUCCUUCAUCUAUAUUUCCUCCUGAUGAAAGCCUCCUAGAGGAGUUUCAAAUAGAGCAAAAACAACAAGAGCAACAGCCUCAAUAUGAUCAACAAACUGGAAUUGAAGAUAUGACACAAAACAAGAAUGAUCAACAUAUCAACCAACAAGGAGAAAGAUCAGAUGAUCUGGCUGUGGUGUUUUUAGACUGGCUCAAGAGCAACAAAGAGACUGUUUCAGCUGAUGAUUUGAGGAGAGUCAAACUCAAGAAGGCCACUAUAGAGUGUGCUGCUAAGCGUUUAGGUGGUGGUAAAGAAGGCAUGAAACAACUCUUGAAGCUCAUUCUCCAAUGGGUCCAAACGAAUCAUCUACAAAGAAGGCGCAUGAGAGAAUCAUCCUGCAAUGUUAAUCUUCACUACCCAUAUAAUCAAGACCCUCUUCAAAACCAAAACCCUAACCCUAACCCGAACCUCAACUGCAAUUCUAUCCCAGCUGAUCAUUCAAACCCUUGCUUCACCCAGUCACCUUGGAACGUUGCCACCCCACCAUAUCUUGCUGCAGAUCCGGUAACAGUCAUCCCGAGUUUUACACCCAUGGUUGGAUAUAUGGGUGACCCGUUUUCAAACGGAGUUUCUAAUAUAACUGGUCACCCUUACGCGACUCCAGCACAGGAUUACAAUCAUAUGCUUGAGUCCACUCAAUCAUGGCCUCCCUCACAAUUUGCUUUGCCUUCACAUUUCAACUCAUUUGCAGACAAUAAUCUCCAGUCAGCUCAGCCCCAGAAUCCUCCUUUUACCGGGUAUGGUAACCAGUAUCCAUAUCAUUAUAUUCCCGGUCACGGUGAUAAUAGGGUGGCGAGGUUAGGUUCCUCAGCUACAAAAGAGGCACGGAAGAAGAGAAUGGCUAGACAGAGAAGGUUUUCGUCUCACCACAGGAAUCACAAUCAUCACAAUAUCCAGCACCAAAAUCAGAGCGCUGUUGAUCCGCAUGCAAGGCUUGGAAAUGAUCACAAUGGUAGCCCAACAGGUCAAGCCAAUCCAGGAAAUUGGGUUUAUUGGCCAACAGGUCCUGGUGGAGGUUCUGCUUCCACCGCCACUGGCGUACCUUUGGAUGCCCCGGUGGAUCGACCGGCCAUGCAAACACAGAAUUGCCAACGGCAGGUGGCAGCCGAUAGACGACAGGGAUGGAAACCUGAAAAGAACUUGAGGUUUCUUCUUCAAAAAGUGUUGAAGCAGAGUGAUGUGGGUAGUCUUGGGAGGAUAGUGUUGCCAAAGAAAGAAGCAGAAACUCAUCUCCCGGAGCUAGAGGCAAGGGAUGGCAUUUCUAUCGCCAUGGAAGAUAUAGGGACUUCUCGUGUUUGGAACAUGCGAGAUUUUGUAAGAACGAAUGGACUCCAAGAAGGAGAUUUCAUAGUCAUCUACUCGGAUGUGAAAUGUGGCAAAUAUUUGAUCCGAGGAGUGAAGGUACGGCAACCAGCAGGAGCCAAGUCAGAGAACAAAAGGGCAGGAAAAUCGCAGAGAAAUCCGCAUCCAAAUUGUCCAGCUGCUGCUGUUAAUAAUGUUUCGGCAUCUACAGCCAUUACUCAAACACAAACAAUUGCAGAGAUCGCAACUGCCGAGACUAUCAAGGAGGGUUUGCUGUCCCUAGAGAGUCAUGAUCUCUAUGCUUAA